AUGUCUUCCUAGGAUGAGGAAAUUUAAGAGAUGCUUAAGAGAUAUGAGAAUCUUGAGAAGCUUAAUCAACAAUUAUAGAAUGAAAAUUACAAUUUAAUGAAUCAAUUAUAAACAAUCUAACAAGUAUGCAAAAUCCUAAUAUUUUUUUAAGAAUGUUGAAUAAUUAGAAAAAGAAAACAAUGAACUAAUUGAUUAAAUUGAGAAUUUGAAAAAUGAUUUAAGAACUUAAUUUUCCUUAAGUCAAAGUUUAAGAUAAGAAAAUGAAUUCUUCGAAAAUCAAUUACAAGAUUAUAGGAAAGAAAUGGAUUAAGGAGGCCAAUUAUACACUAAAAUACUAGAAGAGAUUGAUUUAUAUAAAACUCAUAACUAGCAAAAAAAUCAACAAAUUGAAUAUUUAACUUAAGAGAAUAAUAUGUAUAAGGAUUAAAUGCUUCAAUUAUAAGAAGAAAAUGAAUAGAUUACUCAAGAAAUAACUAACUUAUAGGAAUUACUUAAUUAAAAUGAACUUUACAAUCAUCAAGAUCCUAUAAAUGUCCAAAACUCUGAUUAAAAGAAAAAUAAGAAAUAAAGUCGAAGAUAAAUCAAAGAAUUAGAGAGAUUGGUAAUUAAAAGAGAACAAGAAUUAAGUCACUUAUAUGUCAAAAUGGAAGAUAUGAAAAAUUAUGUUACACAAAUUAAGCAUCAAUCUGAUAAAUAUGAAUAAAAUUUAUAACAACUAUAUAAAGAUUAUUAACUAAUGGAGGCGGAAAGAAAUAAAUAUGCUCACAAAAUUGAUUAAAUGCAAAAUUAUAAUGAAAGAUAUUCUAGUUUAUAAUAUUAGUUAUCAAAUUAAGAUAAAAAUAAGAAUAAAGAAUUCAAUUCAUUAAAAAGUUAAUUUGAUCAAUUAUAGAUGAAUAAUUUACAAUAUUAGUAAUAAAUAUAAACUAUUAAUGAUGAAUAUGGAAAAUUAUCAUAAUAGUGUAUAGAUUUAUAGGAAUUAAAUGAGCAAUAUAUGCAAGAAUCUUAAAUUUUAAAAGAUUCUUUGAUUGAGAAGGAUUAAAAACUUGAAAGAAUGUAAUUACAACUAUAACAACUAUAAUAGAAAGAUCUUUCAAUCUAAUAAUAAAUGAGAGAUCAAAAUUAGUAAAUUAAAGAAUUAUCAAAUAACAAAUAAGAAUUAUAGAGUUAAAUAAUAUAAUUAUAAAGAGAUAAUUAACAAUUCUGUAAUUAGAUAAAUACUUUGAAAGAACAAUCAUCUAAAGAUCUUAAAGAUCAUAUAAAUAUUUAAGAAUAAUUCAAAAAGGAUAAACAAACUUUAAUAGAUAGAAUAAAAAUCUAAGAUGAAAAGUUUUCAGAAAUGGAAAUCAAAUAUAAAAAUAUUGAAUUGAAUUUAAAAUAAGUUGAAGAAGAAAGGUUAUAUCGAGUUUAGGCAGAAUAGUAAAAUUUUUUAUAUUUUAGAUCUUUUGAAGAAGUUUCCUAGUAAUGUAUGUAAUUAUAAGAUUAAAAUAGAGAUCUACUUAGAUAAGUAGCUAACCUUGAAAAUGAAUUAUAAAGAAAUGAAGAGGAACUAAAAUAGCUCAAAAAAAAUAACAAAAAGUAUUUAUAUAGAUUAAUACAAGUUCUUAGAAUUUUGAUAAAACAACUUAGUAGUUAAUUCUUAAAGACAGAGAAAUUUUACAUCUCUAAUCUAUUGUUGAAAGAUUAGAGGGUAUGAAUAGACAGCUCUAAUAGGAAUGUGAUAGAUUAGCAGCGAAAAUUUAAUUAACUUCACAUGAAAAUUCAUUAUUAAGUAAGACUAAUAGGGAAAUUAAUUAAAUGGGUCGCUUAAUUUUAGAAGGUUAAUAAAUAAAAGAAAUGUUAGAAAAGAAAAAGUAUGAAAAACCUUUAACCAUUACUAAUAACAAAGCUCCAUAAGUGAUUUAAUAAUUAUAAUAACAUAGCAGAAGACCUUCUGUUAAAAAGUCUUGA